AUGCGGGUGAAAUCGCAGGUGGAUAACUCUUUGAAUGAUAUUGCAUUUAAUGUCGUAAAAAAUUUAUUAGCAAUUGUUGUCAGUCGUCAGGAACCGGAAAAUAGAUGUCUAGACUGCUACAACGGGUGCAGCAGCAGGCAACGCGAACGGUGCGGCGGCAUACCGGGCGAAUGGUGCGGUGUACGCGGCAGCUACUGGCGCGCUGUAUGCCAGACGGGCUGCCGGGGCGGUGUACGCUGCAGUGUAAGCGACAGGAGCGGUGUAGCGUGCAGCGACCACGGGAGCAGCAGCGACUGGAGCAGCUGCGAGACGAGCUGGCGCAGGCACAACGGGAGCUGCAGCUACCAAAGGUUCUUUGCGCACCACCGCGUUGAAACCGUUCACGGAGUCAGCUGUGUAGUCAACUACUCGGCGAGUGCCAUCAGAGUCCACCAGAGAGUAUUGACCCUGCACCAGGUCUCCAUUGCGCUGCUCGCUCUGACUCUUGUAGUCUCCGGUGAGAGAGUCAGCCACGUUGUAUCCGAAAUUGUACUGUGGGAGGGGGUCGAACUCCUCAAGCCUGGCAGCGACAGGGGCAGCAGCGACGAUGGGCUCCGCGACAAGCGGAGCAGCCACAGCUGGAACCACACUGGCGCGGGCCACAGCCACCACGCAUGCGAGGAUGACGAACUUAAAGGCCAUUUUUGUUGA